AUGAGACACUGGACGCCUAAUAAUGGUGGCGGGGAAAGCUGGAAAGCCGCAAAGCCGAAGAGUACACAGCUCCAGCUCCGUAUAGCCGAGGUUUCCCACACUUCCCGAGAGUCGGCAGCCUUCGGGGCAGGCUCGUCACCCCCAGUUCCAGCCCAACUUCACAUGCUUUCGCAGAGCUCGCAUGUGACACGGCCAAGGCCAGGGCUGCGCGACUCGACGGGACGAGAAGCUGCCUCAACCUCCAGCGCUGAAAUUCCCACCAGAAUCAUGAGUCUACCAGUGAAUUCCACCGACGAACCUGACAAGCGAGAUGCCGAUGAAAAAUUAGCAGUCACUGGCCCGUCACCAACCGAGUCCGUCAGCAUUGCCUACAAUGGGUCCGAUACACCAGAGGAAGAAGAUGCCAGCGGUGGCGUCGGCAGGGAGAUGAGCAACCUUCGCUGGUUUGUGGUAUGCGUUGGACUAUAUCUAACUGCGUUUCUGUACGGACUCGACUCCACGAUCGCUGCUGAUGUGCAAGGGCCUAUUCUGGCUUCCCUCGGGGAGCUUCGCCUCCUACCCUGGGUCGGAACGGGGUUUCUACUCGGCUCAGUGGCCACAGUCUCACUAUUCGGCUCGCUAUACACCAAGAUAGAGGUCAAAUGGCUAUACCUGGGCAGCAUCCUGACCUUCGAGGUGGGGAGUGCGAUCUGCGGAGCAGCCCCGAAUAUGCAAGCCAUGGUUGUUGGUCGCGUCGUUGCCGGAAUAGGUGGCUCAGGUGUCUAUCUUGGAGGUAUCAGCUACAUUUCCGUUUUUGUUUCCGCCGCCAGACGACCAAUUUACACUGCUUUGAUCAGCACAUUUUGGGGACUGGGGGCCAUCCUUGGGCCAGUCAUCGGCGGAGCAUUUGCACAGAGCCCAGCAACAUGGCGUUGGGCCUUCUAUAUCAACCUCGUACUUGGAGGGGUGACUGCUCCAAUUUAUAUCUUCUGUCUUCCACGCCACGGCACACACCGUCACGAAAAGAUCCUUCCUCGUAUUAGAAAUCUCGACUGGCUUGGUGCAAUACUCAACGCUGCGACUUACUCUCUCUUCAUCAUCUCGUGCACGUACAGUGGCUCAACGUGGCCCUGGAACUCCGGCUCAAUCAUCGCUCUCUGGGUGAUGACAGGAGUAACCAUCGUACUGUUUGCACUCCAGCAGUGGACGGCAUUCCUCACAACAAAGGAAGAUCGAAUUUAUCCCGUCUGGUGCCUCAAAAGCCGGUCCUUGAUCCUAUUGUACAUUGGAACUGCCGGAAGCAGCGCAGUUUUGCAGUGUAACAUCUACUACAUUCCUCUCUUCUUCGAAUUCACCAAGGGAGAUGACGCUAUCGCUGUUUCAGCCCGGCUGCUGCCAUUUAUUUUCCUCAUGAUCUUUAGUUCUUUAUUCAGUGGAACCCUCCUGCCAAGAUUCAAUGUUUACGCAGUUUGGUACCUCUUCUCCGGCAUAAUAGCCUUGGCCGGGAGUGUACUCCUGUUCGAGAUCUCGACUGGAACACCACCCAGGAAUAUCUAUGGAUUCGAGAUACUAACGGGAAUCGGCUGCGGCCUGACAUUCCAAGCCGCCUACGCCAUUGCCAUGAGCAAGUCGCCCCCUGAGAAGGCGACCUCCAUUCUGGGUUUCAUCAACGUCGCCCAACUUGGUGGAGGGGCCUUGGCGCUGGCGAUAGCAGGAACAGUCUUCCAGAAUGUUGGGUUCGACACCCUGCAGACCGCUCUCGGUGGUAGGGGAUAUGCCGCUGGGGAGAUUCGCGAGGCUCUUGGUGGUGGAUAUUCGGCCAUUUUGAACGAUGGAACUCCUGAAGUUCGUGCCAUCGCAUCCGAGGCGAUUGGGACGACUAUCGCAAAUGUGUUUGGCAUAUCAAUUGGGGGAAGUGCUGCGGUGCUUGGGGCAGGACUGUUAAUGCGGUGGGAACGGGUGAAGUUGUCAUAA